AUGAGGGCGCCGAAGGCGCCCGGCUUUGGACUGCGUGCAGCAAGCCACGCACGUAUGGCUACGACCGACGAUUUUAGUAUGAGGGCGCCGAAGGCACCCGGCUUUGGACCGCGUGCAGCAAGCAACGUACGUCGGGCUGCGCCCGACGGUUUUAGUAUGAAGGCGCCGAAGGCGCCCGGCUUUGGAUCGCGUGCAGCAAGCCACGUACGUAUGGCUAUGACCGACGAUUUUAGUAUGAGGGCGCCGAAGGCACCCGGCUUUGGACCGCGUGCAGCAAACAAUGUACAUCGGGCUGCGCCCGACGGUUUUAGUAUGAGGGCGCCGAAGGCGCCCGGCUUUGGACCGCGUGCAGCAAGCCACGUACGUAUGGCUACGACCGACGAUUUUAGUAUGAGGGCGCCGAAGGCACCCGGCUUUGGACCGCGUGCAGGAAGCCACGUACGUCGGGCUACGCCCGACGGUUUUAGUAUGAGGGCGCCGAAGGCGCCCGGCUUUGGACCGCAUGCAGCAAGCCACCUACGUAUGGCUACGACCGACGAUUUUAGUAUGAGGGCGCCGAAGGCGCCCGGCUUUGGACCGCGUGCAGCAAGCCACGUACGUCUGGCUACGACCGACGAUUUUAGUAUGAGGGCGCCGAAGGCACCCGGCUUUGGACCGCGUGCAGGAAGCCACGUACGUCGGGCUACGCCCGACGGUUUUAGUAUGAGGGCGCCGAAGGCGCCCGGCUUUGGACCGCAUGCAGCAAGCCACCUACGUAUGGCUACGACCGACGAUUUUAGUAUGAGGGCGCCGAAGGCACCCGGCUUUGGACCGCGUGCAGCAAGCAACGUACGUCGGGCUGCGCCCGACGGUUUUAGUAUGAGAGCGCCGAGGACGCCCGGCUUUGGACCGCGUGCAGCAAGCAACGUACGUCGGGCUGCGCCCGACGGUUUUAGUAUGAGAGCGCCGAAGGCGCCCGGCUUUGGACCGCGUGCAGCAAGCCACGUACGUAUGCCUACGACCGACGAUUUUAGUAUGAGGGCGCCGAAGGCACCCGGCUUUGGACCGCGUGCAGCAAGCAACUUGUACGAGCUCGGGCGCUCGGGGUGGAAGGAAGGUCUCGGCGUCGUAGGAUUAGAGCGGUACGUUACCGAGGCAGUUCCUUGUGGAGUAGCCGACGGGCAUGACUGCGCGUGCGCGGGGUGCCGCAGCGGCGCCUGCGCCUGCGCCCCAUUGAAAGCCCACCCUUACGCCGCGCUGCGUUGCGUGUUCAGGAGCACCGCUACGCCCCGCCCCGCCGGCAGCAAGAACCAGAAAUCAAACAAAAAGUUGACUUGGAAACCGCCCAACUAG